GUAACACAUCAAAGGAUUUCAAGUAAAGGCAAAUAUGUCUAAGCCACAUGCAGUGUGCAUCCCAUUCCCAGAGCAAGGCCAUAUAAACCCUACGAUGAAACUGGCCAAGCUUCUACACCAGAGAGGCUUCCACAUAACCUUCGUCAACACCCACUUCAACCACAGCCGUAUCCUCAAAUCUAGAGGCCCUAACUCCCUCGACGGCUUGCCUGAUUUUCGCUUCGAAUCGAUCCCGGACGGCCUUCCUCCGGCGGAGAACAAAGCCGAUGCCACGCAGGACAUCCCCUCUCUCUGUGGAAGCCUUCCAAAGUUCUGCUUGGACCCCUUUCGGAAGCUUAUCACCGAGCUAAACGACAACCGCUCCGGCGGUGUUCCGCCGGUGAGCUGUGUUGUUUCGGAUGGCUGUAUGUCGUUUACUAUCAAGGCUGCCGAAGAAUUUGGUAUACCUGUCACUCUCUUUUAUCCUUUUGGUGCCUGCGGCUUCAUGGGAUUUCUACAGUACCGGCAACUUCUUGAAAAAGGCAUUAUUCCAUUUAAAGAUGAGAGCUACUUCACAAAUGGGUAUUUAGACACAACUUUAGAUUGGAUUCCGGGAAUGAAAAACAUUCGACUGAAGGAUCUCCCUACUCUCUUACGUAUCACAGAUCGAAAUGACACUAUGUUCAACUUCAUUAUGAGAGAAGUUGACGCAUCUGCGAAUGCUUCUGCCAUACUCUUCAACAGUUUCCACCCAUUAGAGCACAAAGUCUUGGAAGCUCUCUCGCCCAUGAUCCCACGUCAAAUUUACACUGCAGGCCCCAUCCACCUACUUGUCCAAAAAACUCAACCAAAAAGUUUGUCCUCCAUCAAAUCUAAUUUGUGGAAAGAAGAGCUCGAAUGCCUAGAAUGGUUGAAUUCAAAGGAUACCAAGUCAGUGAUUUAUGUCAACUUUGGCAGCAUCACCCCCAUGACCCCUCAACAACUGGUUGAGUUUGCUUGGGGUUUGGCCAAUAGUGAGAAACCCUUUAUUUGGAUUAUAAGGCCGGACAUCAUCGAUGGGAACUCCGCGAUUAUCCCAACUGAGUUCGUGGAAGAGACAAAAGAGAGAUGUAUGAUUAGCAGUUGGUGCCCACAAGAAGAGGUUCUGAACCACCCUGCAAUCGGAGGUUUCCUGUCGCAUUGUGGAUGGAACUCGACCCUCGAAAGCUUGAGCGCCGGGGUGCCAAUCAUUGGUUGGCCUUUCUUUGCUGAGCAACAAACUAAUUGUUGGUUCUUGUGUUCUGAUUUGGGGGUUGGAAUGGCAAUAGAUACGGAUGUGAAGAGAGACGAAGUGGAAAAGCUUGUGAGGGAGUUGAUAGAUGGAGAGAAGGGAAAGGAAAUGAGGGAAAAGGCCAUGGAGUGGAAGAGAAUCGCCGAGGAAGUCACGGAGCCUGGUGGUUCUUCUUUGGUGAAUUUAGAUAAGAUGAUCCAAGAGGUUUUGCUGGCACCACUUUCAAAACCCUAAAUUAAUUUGGUGCAGCUGUCUGUAUGUGGUCUCGUAUUAAAGUACUGUGAUUGGUUACAUGAUCAAUCAUCAAUAAAGUGUUAAUGAGCUACCAACUCAAUUAAAACACACAUCCCUAAUACGUUUGCCAUUUAUAUAAAUAUAUAGUACGUAAAGAUCUUAUCUCUUGCUUUUCAGAAA